UCCAAAUCUUCGUCUCAGUAUCUCGCCUGACCUGCAUCUCAAAUUCCUCCAAUGGCGAAACCGGUCUCAACCGCCGCGUCAUCCCUCUCCCAAACCCUAAAGCGCUACCUCAAGAAACCGUGGGAGAUAACCGGUCCGUGCGCGGAUCCGGAGUACAAAUUGGCCGUACCCGGCGCGCUCGAGUACCGGCUCGAGUGCCCUGCCACGACCAAGGUCCAGGUAUGCGUGCCCACCUCCAACCCGGAAACCGUAUACGACAUCAAGUAUUUCGCCCGCGACCAGCGGCGCAACCGGCCCCCGAUCAAGCGCACUGUAUUGAAGAAGGCCGAUGUGGAGAAGCUGAUGAAGGAGAAGACGACCUUCGACGUAUCGGAAUUUCCGCCGGUUUACUUGACCGAUUUCGUUGAAGAGGAUUACAAUGCUCAGGGUGGAGGCUACCAGAAAUGAAUUGGCUUCUUGCAGGCUUACGGGAUUCUGGAACAAUAUCUGUGUUAUUUUGUUCCUCUCCUCGAACUGAAGAGAUGCUGUUCAUGUUAGCAUGGAUGUUUGUCUAGUCUCCUCACGUAAUGAAAUGCUGUGCUUGACAUGAAUAAGGGUACUUGAUACAACCAUUUUUUCCGAUUUUGUUUGGCCAAGAAUGUCUCUGUAUAAAAUCCAAAUGCAACCGCAGUUGGGUGAUGGAUUACAUUAUCGCUCGUUUCUUUAACUUCUAAGAUUUCUACCUGCGAUAAUUUUGCGAUA